AUGGCAGCAACUACGGAAUCCCCCACCCCCGGGAUUUGGGGGCGCUCUUCUGGGUCUUCAGGAGGGGGGAGCGAUGGAUUGGCGGGGCCGCCAGGGGGCGCCCUGGGGCCGCGCUGCCCCGACGGGGAGGGGGGAAAAUGGGAAAAAUGGGGGGGAAUGGGAGGAAUGGAGGGAAUGGGAGGGAACUGGGGGAGUGGGGGGAAUGGGGCCCCGCCGGCCGCCACCCGGCAGCCUUUCCCGUGCGCCGAGGACGAGGACUGCGGCCCCGAGGAGUUCUGCGGGGGCGCGGCCCGCGGCGGGGGGGCCCCGCGGGGGGGGGCCUGCCGGCGGCGCCGCAAGCGCUGCCUGCGCGAUGCCAUGUGCUGCCCGGGCACGGUCUGCAGCAACGGUCUCUGCACGCCCCUGGAGCCGCCCCACGGAGCGGCCGAGCUGGACGAGACGGGCACUGACGCGCUGCCCCGACGGACGCCCGCUCCCGCCUGGCUCCCCGCUGCCAAAGGCCAGGAGGGUGACAUCUGCCUGCGCUCCUCGGACUGCGCGGCCGGGCUGUGCUGCGCCCGCCACUUCUGGUCCAAGAUCUGCAAGCCGGUGCUGCGGGAGGGGCAGGUGUGCACCCGGCACCGGCGGAAAGGCGCGCACGGGCUGGAGAUCUUCCAGCGCUGCCCGUGCGCCGAGGGGCUGGCGUGCCGCCUGCAGCGGGAGCACGGCCCCGCCGACGCCUCCCGCCUGCACACGUGCCAGCGGCACUGACGGACCGACCGACGGACCGACCGACGGACAGGCUCCGGCCCCGCCGGAGCGAAGGCUGUUUCUCAAGGGAACUACUCCGAAGCGACUUCUUGCAGUACGUUACUGUGUUGUGAAUACUCGAGCUGGCACUUAGCUGUACAUAACGCCGGGACUUUUCAGUGACUGCUCACGAGUUGCGUUGCGUUUCUCUGGCGCUCUCCAAGCCGCGACUGUGACUUUGUACACACUGGGUUUUUCCUUCUGGCUCGAAGGGAUGCCGCCGUCUGCGUGCGAGCGA